UGAACACUUACUAUCUCCGCAGACCGCUGUGCAGUGUUCUCAGAUGAUUGCAUGAUGAGAUGAGUGUUAAAAAGUUUUGUGUGAAAUCAUAAAAAGUCGAUAUUUAGAAGUGAACAUGAAACCUUUUUGGUAUGCGUUAACAGUAUUAGCGUUAUUGGAACAUCGCUUGAGUAAUGGACAGUCUACCGAGCAUAACUACAACUUCACUACCGUGGCACCUCAGCUGAAUCAAACACCUUGUUUCCCGCAACGGCCUGGCGAUGUGGACUUCCAGACGGUGGACUUGAUCGCGGUGUAUCGUCUGGAUUGGCCCCACGCACCUGGAGUGAGGAUGGUGCAAGGGUCCCAGGAUCUGCAGCGGGCGUACCGCAUCGGAGACGAUGCCAAUUUGACUUUACCAAUCGAGCAGGUGUUUCCACACGGGCUGCCAGAUUAUUUCAGCGUGGUGGGCACAUUCAACGCACGGGGCCAGCGUCGGCCGUGGAGUAUCAUCAGGGCGAGAUCGGAAGAUCUGGAGUUCUCCCUCACAUUCUUGCCUACCGCUAAGAAAGUCAUCGUGUACAUCCAAGGGACAAGAACUUCUUUCAAAAGCAAACUGUUGUUUGCACCGGGCUGGCACAAAAUUCAUAUGGCACUUACAAAUAAAACGAUACAAUUAGCUGUCGACUGUAUAGAGCAAAAACCUGAGAACGUUACCAGACAUGACUUCAGGAACGCCACAGCAGUUACCAUCGUCUCCAAUGAUGAUGGAACUCCAGCUCAUAUAGACUUGCAGUGGCUAUCUCUCAGUUGCAGCCAAUACGUAUUAAGAAAUGAUAGCUGCGAAGAAAUUAAACAAAUAUCUUCCGCAGAGACGCUGAUUGCUUCAUCUACACAAUCACCGGAGUUCGAUGCAGGGUCAGGAAGCGAUACUAUAGCUGUGGGACCGGCCGGUCCAGUGUGCAACGUCACCUGCCCCCAAGGUCCUAUCGGCCCCCGUGGUCCUGCAGGAGAUCAGGGUCCCAGAGGAUUUCCCGGGCUACCGGGCAUCAGAGGCGAGAAGGGUUCAAUAGGCCUGACAGGAGCUCCAGGGUUAAAAGGCGAAAGGGGAGAACCUGGUAGAUUACUAAACGAUACAUUCGGGUAUUCGGGAGCUCCUGGUCUUCCAGGACCCCAAGGAUUGAGGGGAGACAAAGGAGAACGCGGCGAGAAAGGUGAAGCAGGUCUCCCUGGUUUGUCUGGGUUUCCUGGACAGGAUGGUGCCCCAGGACUUCCAGGCCCCGCAGGUCCGCAAGGAGAUCGGGGACCUCGCGGCCCUCCAGGUCCAGCAGCUAACUUUAAUUCAUCAGUUGUUAAAGGAUCGAAAGGUGAAAGAGGUGCCCCUGGUUUAGAUGGACAUAAUGGAAUGCCUGGUGAAAGGGGCUUACCGGGCUUAGAUGGACGAGAUGGCAUAGCAGGUCCACAAGGGUUGACUGGUGCUCCAGGAGAGAGAGGAGCUCCAGGUGCAGCUGGGGCGCGUGGUGAAAGGGGACCGGAAGGACCACAGGGUCCCGAGGGUAUGAUGGGUCCACCAGGUCCAGCGGGGCCUCCAGGCGUCGCUGCUUCAGUUGUACCUGGUGUUAGUGUCCCGGGUCCUCCUGGAUCACCCGGUGUAAGAGGAGAGAAAGGAGAGCCUGGUUCACCCGGAUUACCCGGUAUGUCGGGCAGAGACGGUCUAGACGGAAUACCAGGUACCCCCGGGCCACCUGGAUCUCCAGGUUUACCAGCACCACAAUCUUCUGCAGUUCAGAUACCUUCGAUAUCAGAGAACGAAGUACGGAACAUUUGUGAAGACUUGAUAAGGGAGCGUUUGAGCGAGUUCGCAGCAAGUUUGGUCAGUCCCCCGACGAUAAUGGUAAAUAAGCGAGGUCCACCUGGAAAACCUGGACCACCUGGAAUACCAGGACGAGCUGGAGACCCUGGAGAACAAGGUCCUAGAGGAUAUCCAGGGGAAUCUGGGGAACCUGGAAGACCUGGUAGUCCAGGGUCGAGGGGAGAGAAAGGGGACAAAGGGGAGAGAGGUCCCGAAGGCGUUGGCUUACAGGGUCCUGAAGGACUUAGAGGAAUUCAAGGACCAGUAGGUCCUCCAGGACCGGAAGGAAGAACUGGUCCACGAGGCGAUCCAGGACGCGAAGGUCCAAUAGGCCCUCGAGGAUUGCCAGGGACCAGAGGCACAUGUGAUUGUCCCCCAGCUGCUUUCUACGCGUAUUCACCAAUGGGGAAUCAGAAGGGACCAUGAACCUUUACUCCGUUUACCAAAGCAUAGUCAAUAAGAUGUACUUUUGUAAAUAAAUGUCAUUAAAUGUUCUUUUCAUCC